AGUGCUGAAAAAUCUUCUCAGGUCAAAGAGGUGUUUGACCGUUCAGUACUUGCCCCAGAAUCUUCGAAUCGAGAAGAUUGCGAGUUUUACAGCGAGUAUUUCUUCCUAGCGAUUUCUAACAUUUCCUUUACCUUUUGUUCCUGAAACAUUUUACGCUUUGCCGUUACAAUUUGGGAAUCUGAUAAUGUGAUUUUCUGUCCACGUCGAAUUAGUAAAAUUCAUACGAGUCGAUUUUCUAUUACUUUGAAGUAUUACUUUUACCAAUUUCAUCUAAUUACUUUUCCUUAGGUAAAAGUACUUAAAUGAUCCACUAACCGUUCCCAACUAAUGUUCCUAAUUACUGUAAUACCUUGUCUACGAACUACUGAAACAUUGUAUUACAUACAUGUGUAUAUAUAUGCGCCUAUAAUUUGUGCCUGAUAAUCCUCAGUCUGGAACUUGCAAACUAAGAUCGAAGUUCAAACUAAGUUAAAUUACGAAUACAAUCUGUCCCCGUUGAGCUGUAAUCUGUGCCAUAAAUGUGAUCGAUUUACGAAGCAAAUGAUUCUCUGUGAAGCAAACUGGCCCUACUGUCGAUGGUUUUUCAACUUUGAUUUUCAAAAAUCAAACGAUUAUUCUAGAAGUCGGACUUUCGUAUGUCUGAGUUACACUCGUUGUCAGAUAAGCGAGCAAAGACGACAUAGUGUUUCACGCGAUGACUCACAAAUCCUUUCGCGAUAUUUGACGUGGAUAGGCCGCCACCCGGUUCGCAAACUCCUCCUCUCGACGACGACUUAUCAUCCUCGCAGUUUGUUGUGCGUGAGCGAUCGAUCGUGAUAAACAAUUAUCGAGUAAUGAAGCGGUCCGUGGCAAUAAUUAAAAACGUCGAUGAAAAUUUCGAUAGCGGCGAUAUUUUUGCGAAUUGGGCGGCGCGAAUUCCCGCGAAUGACCAACGUUUCCUGAUAAGAACUGCGAUAUUGUACACGUAUCGAUCAGAGCCAAUUAUUUCACUCCGAUUUUGCGAAUACCGUCGACAUCAAGAUGAUCGAUUUAAUGUUGUCGCAUCGAUGGUUAAGCAAGCUAUGAUCGAUAUAAAAAAAGAGAUUACAUUCGAGAAAUGUGUGAUUGGUCUUGCUGGUUUAUCAAAAAAUAAUGGUUUCGAGGACUUUAUUCCUCGUCCAUGGAUUGACUUAAUGUCUUUGAACGAGAAUUUGUAAGUCCAAUUCUUGAGAUGAUAGUUGCAAUAAACAUUACAACCAUUGUUACAGAAAUUUUAUAAUGUAACAAUUGUACGAUUUUAUUAUUAAUAUUUUAUGUUUUUAUAUUAAUAUGUCGCGUAUAAAAGUGUCAAGCGUAUCGCAAUAUACUGACGGGAAUUUUUCUUUUAUUUCAGGGUAGUAUACAGCAGAGAAGCCAAUCAAAGGAAAAGACACGACUUCCUUUUCGUCCUUCAGGUGUAUUUCCUAGUACAAGCAAUAGCAGAAUCCAAAUCUAAUUCUCCAUAUAAAAGGAGAUCUCUAUAAAGAAAAUAUUUUCUUAACGAUGUUUUUAGACGAUCUAACAUCUUUUGAAUUUUCCCGACCAAGUGGCCAAUUUCUCGUCACAUUUGAAGGAAUCCAAAUCUUGCGACAAAUCGUUCCACGAUUCUCACCGAUUAUUGAAUUGUCGUUGAUGCACGAGGAAGCCUCGUCCGAUGUGAGCGAAGCUUAAAGCUCGAAACUACUUCGAGUCAACGACACCUGUGUUGGUGUGAGCGUUGCAGCGAGAGCGUGAGACAGGCAGCAAGAAAUAGAGGGGCGAGAGGGUGGGAUGAGGGUUGCCAGGGUGAGUUACAUCCGCAGGGAGGGCACCAAUGUUAUUAGAAUGCUUGGGAGUAGGUUCGUAAUCAGCAGUACUCGCUGGCUCUCCAAUUCGAGUCGAAUUCACAGCCGAAUCACGUCGUUAUUUAACGAGAUUAUGUCGUUAACCGGCAGGAUGCAGCCUCGGCCGAUGUCGAUCGCGAUAUGAAAUUAAACUCGUACAUUUUUUCCCUGAUUAACGAGCGCCGGAUGCGUAAUUGCGUUUACGCUUUACACGCUCGCCGGCUCGGCUGUCUCGUCGGAAUGUUCUGUUGUUUGCCCCGUUGUUCGAUCGAUCGAUCCAACACGUAUAAUGCUGGCAACUCCGCCUCUCUCUUCUUUAAGAAAUAAAAGUCGUAAUUAAUGAGUCGUAACGAAUACUUGCUGGAAACAUUGGGAACUUGCUUUUUCAAACGUUCCUGCUAGUACGCUGCGAAAGUGGCGACCUGAAAUUUGAAGAGAGUGAUUAGCUGAAAUCCGAGCAACGAUCCAACAAGAAGCAAGUAACAUCGUGGUAAGUGCGGGAAUUGAAAUUUCAUGCGAUUGUUUAUUGCGAGCGACUGAACGUGAGAGAAAUAAACGAAUGGUUGUUGAGUGAAAGAAGAGUUCAUAGUAAUCUAUGAUUUCUUCAUUUUGGAAUUUUAUCUAACAUUGAAACUGUUUUUUUAUUCCCCUGAAGAAAUAUUUGUCAGAAAUAAUUUCUUCUCAAUGCAAAGCCGAAUUUUGAAAUUAUCAAAGACAACAAUCACUCGCUACUGUAUUCUAACCUAAACAAAAUCGAGUCAAACCCUGCCCCUCUUGCUAAAGGAAACGCGAUCUUACAUCUAACGCUGCCUUCGCAUCGAAAUAGCACACGUCGACCGAUCA